AUGGCCCGUCCGUUGCUCUUGCUCAGCCUCGGCCUCCUGGCCGGCCUGCUGCCGGCGCUGGCCGCCUGCCCCCAGAACUGCCACUGCCACGGAGACCUGCAGCACGUCAUCUGUGACAAGGUGGGGCUGCAGAAGAUCCCCAAGGUGUCAGAGAAGACCAAACUGCUCAACCUACAACGCAACAACUUCCCGGUGCUGGCCGCCAACUCGUUCCGGGCCAUGCCCAACCUCGUGUCGCUGCACCUGCAGCACUGCCAGAUCCGCGAGGUGGCCGCUGGCGCCUUCCGAGGCCUCAAGCAGCUCAUCUACCUGUACCUGUCCCACAACGACAUCCGUGUGCUGCGCGCCGGCGCCUUCGACGACCUGACGGAGCUCACCUACCUCUACCUGGACCACAACAAGGUGACCGAGCUGCGGGGGCUGCUCUCCCCGCUGGUCAACCUCUUCAUUCUGCAGCACAACAACAAGAUCCGCGAGCUGCGCGCUGGCGCCUUCCAGGGCGCCAAGGACCUGCGCUGGCUCUACCUGUCGGAAAAUGCGCUCACUUCGCUGCAGCCCGGCGCUCUGGACGACGUGGAGAACCUCGCCAAGUUCUACCUGGACAGGAACCAGCUGUCCGGCUACCCUUCAGCCGCCCUCAGCAAGCUGCGGGUGGUGGAGGAGCUGAAGCUGUCCCACAACCCCCUGAAAAGCAUUCCCGACAAUGCCUUCCAGUCUUUCGGCAGAUACCUGGAGACCCUCUGGCUGGACAACACCAACCUGGAGAAGUUCUCGGACGGUGCUUUCCUGGGUGUGACCACGCUGAAACACAUCCACCUGGAGAACAACCGCCUGAACCAGCUGCCCUCCAACUUCCCCUUUGACAGCCUAGAGACCCUCACCCUCACCAACAACCCCUGGAAGUGCACCUGCCAGCUCCGGGGUCUUCGGAGGUGGCUCGAAGCCAAGGCUUCCCGCCCUGAUGCCACUUGUGCCUCACCCGCCAAGUUCAAAGGCCAGCAUAUCCGUGACACCGAUGCCUUCCGCGGCUGCAAGUUCCCCACUAAGAGGUCCAAGAAAGCCGGCCGCCAUUGA